UGAGAGUUGGCUUUGUACAGUAUAUUUUAUCGUGAUAAUAAUAUUUACCACAUAUGAGAGAAAUUAAGGAUUACUGCGUAAGAAAAAGAAAAUGUAACUAUUUUAUUAAAAAAUAAAGUAAUAAAGUUUGAAAAAUUAAAAUGGAACGUAAAGAAGUAUAUGAUACUCCCGUGACUGAUGAAAAUGGCUCUCCUAUUAGUAUUGUAUGGAAACCAGACUUGUACAAAAUUCAACAAGAAUCCCCCAAGCCACAACCAGUAUUUACUACCAGUGCAGUAACUGGCUGUCCAUUCUUUUAUGGACUUGAAUAUCAUGGUGUUAUGAAUCAUAAAGAAGCAAAUUCACUUCUAAAAGAAGAAGGCAACUAUCUUGUUCGUUUGAGCAUUGGAUGUGAUGAAAAAACUUAUACUCUUUCCUUAAAAAGUUUAGGAAAAGUUCAUCACUACAAGUUGUUUUAUGAUGGUCAGCAUUAUGUAUCUCAAAAACGUUUUAACACUAUUAAUGAUCUCGUAGCUGAUGGACUUGUAACCAUGUAUAUGGAGUCUAAAGCUGGAAAAUAUAUUCAUCUAAUGCAUAGUUUAAUAAGUUAUGAAAAAAGCCCAUACAUGACUUUAAAUAAAUUAAAAAGAAAAACCAUUAAAAAAAUGAAACCAAAACAGUUACUUUCAGAAGAAAUUGUAGACUAUGAUAAACCACAUAACUUUAAAACGCAUUCUUUUAAAGGCUUGACUUGGUGUGAACUAUGUGGCAAUUUUUUAUGGGGUUUUACUCAACAAGGUGUGAAAUGUGAAGAUUGUGGUUUUAGUUCACACUUCAAGUGCUCUGAAAAGUUGCCAGCUGAUUGUUGUCCAGACCUAAAACUAUUCCGUGGUGUCUUUGGAAUUGAUUUAACGACUCAUGUCAAAGCUUAUAAGACUAACAGGCCAUUUGUUGUUGACAAAUGUGUUGAAGAAAUUGAAAGACGUGGUAUGUUAGUUGAAGGUAUUUACAGAGUGUCAGGAUUUCAAGAAGAAAUGGACAGCUUGAGGUUAGCUUUAGAUAAAGAUGGAAAAGCAACUAUAAUGGGAGAUGAAGCAUAUGAAAAUAUUCAUGUGGUAGCAAGUAUUCUUAAAAUGUAUCUAAGAUUACUUCCAAUACCAUUAAUAACUUUUGAUGUUCACCCUCUUAUUAUUAAAGCACUAGAAACUCAAAUGGCUUGGGAAAAACUUGCUGAAGUUAGCGCUGCAUUAAAAAAAUUACCACCAUCUCAUUACAAUACUCUGAGUUAUUUAAUGGCCCAUUUACAUAGAAUAACACUACAUUCAGAAGAAAAUAAAAUGACUGCACAAAACUUAAGUACAGUUUUUGCACCUACUUUAAUGCCUAUGCCAGAUUUAGUAGACUUCAAAGGUGCAAUUCCAGACAUGAAUCGUGAUAUUAGUGCUUUACACUUAAUUAUAGAAAAUCAAAGUAUUAUUUUUAAUUAAUUUGAUACUUUAGUUUAUAUGUGAAACUUGUGAUUCUUUUACUAUUUAUUUUAAUUUAUUUAAUUGUACCUAAAAAUAAUUUUUAUUUUAAUAGUAUUAUAUUUUUUUAAAUACUUUAAUGACUAAAAUUUUAUAUUUUUUAUAAAUACAGUAA